AUCUCUCCUGGGUUACAGCUCCACCCAGUGGAGAUCUGUGGAAAUGACCAGAAACUUCCUGAACACUCUGGACCUCCUCCAGUCCGAGUAUAAAAGCUGGACAGUCCCACUGCUGAGACACAAACAAACACAACCAACACAGAAGAAAAGACAUACCUGAACAGAGCUUCAUCUCCAUCCAGAGGACUCCACAGUGAACUCAGAGAAGAUGCUGUGCUCUCAUGGACUCCAGUCUGCCCUCAGUCCAUCCAUGGACUUCUACUGGCCUGUACCCAGUCUGUUCUACCAGCAGGAUCUCCUACACACAAACCUACAGGAGCUGCUCGGCAAUCUGGAGCUGAUGGACAAACUUCAACACCCCCUCCUGGAGGAGACAGAGCCUUUCCAGAGCAGUGUGGCCGUGCAACCAGCGUCCCACCAGCUGGACGGACAGGGAGAGCACUUUGCCGUGACUCUGGACACUCCAGGCUUUUCCCCAGAGGAGCUGUCUGUCAGGCAGGUGGGCAGGAAGCUGAGGGUCAGCGGGAAGACGGAGAAGAAGCAGGAGGACGGGAACGGCUGCUACUCUUACACACUCCAGGAGUUCACACAGGAGCUGGAUGUUCCUGAAGGGCUGAACCCUGAAGCCGUCAGCUGCUGCCUGUCUCCAGACGGGAAGCUCCACAUCCAGGCAGCCAGAGGUCCAUGUGCUGAGGAGGCUGAGAGAGAGCUGACUAUGAAGAGGAGUCUGGAGGAGAAAACACAGCAGAGUGUGUGUUCACAGGAAGAAGACAAAGAGACACACAACAGCACACAGGACGAACCUGCACACAUGGACUGAUCCAGACUGAAUAAGAAGUGUUUCAUAUUAAUCAAUGAUGAUCAGGUGUGCUUUUGUAUAUUUGUAUUUGAGCCUGAACAUGCUAAAUAAAUGUAUUCAUUUCUACUUUGUA